AUGUCGGGGACAGGUCAGACGUUUUCUGAUCAGCCUUGCUUCACCGGCGUGCUGGCUUCGGCUCUGACUGCAGCAGCGCAAUUGCUUGCGUCCGUGCGCCGCACUGUGAAGAAGAACUCCAUCCCAGCCAGCCAGGAGACUUCUCGGCCGCAUCUCCGGGACGUUAAAGACACGCUUGUAGGCGAAGCUUGCUGUUCGGGUCCCCGAUUUGGGAUCGAUGGAAACUGCAAGCUGAGGUUGCGGGGCGACAUGUUGUUUGUGCAGCCUAUCGAGCCUAUUGAGUCGGCCACAAGUUCUGGCUCAAUGGCAGCUCAUGUCGAUGAGGAGUGCGUGCAACUAACCGGAGCUGAGAUAGACUGUCAAGGUACGGUCGUGACUGUGAGCAGGAACUCCCGGACUAUGCUCACUAUUGUCUUGGAGAACGAGCGAGUAGCAGGUCUCUGGGCAACGAAGAUGGCUGUGGCCUGCGGGCACACCGAGAGCAUUGCCAAGCUCUUCAGUAUUCAGCGCCGGCGCAUCCAGACGCUGGAGCGUAGUUCCAUCGAGGCGCAGAUGAACAAUGAGGAGGUGGAGCGAUGUCUCAACUUUCUCUCUCGUGAGUACGUGGAGAUGCGCUACCAGGUUCGCAAAGGCCCCAAGAAAGAUCGUGAGGACACGAAGACUCUCCAAAAGGAAAAGGCCAGGGAGAAGGACAAAGAAAAUGAGGGCGAGGAGCUCAAUGAGAAGGAGUGUGAAAAGGAGAUGCCAAAGCCAGAUCAGAAUAACACGAACGAGGAGAAGGAUAAAGACACUGAUGAAGAGCCUCUACUAAUCGAAGAUGUAGAGGAAGGCGAACUUAAGCAUCACUCAGAGCCGGAGAAGGAACCAUCGCUGUCGGCCCGGCAGACCCAUGCAACUGCGGACAGGGCAUCAGAGUGCCAUCAGACUCAAACAGAGGUUAUUCACGAGGACAGGGAAUCUCUUUCGAAAUUUGUUCCAGAGCGGAUGCCUCGUCACAGCGCACCUGGCGGAAAUGGCCAAGGACACGGCCAGUCCUAUCAGACACAGGCUUCAGCCAAUUAUGCACUCCAUCCCCCUUGUCUCCUGGGUGCAGCCAACGCAGCCCACGCAGCCCACGCAGCCAGCCCUAAGGGUGUGAGCAGUGUGAGCGGCGUGAGCGGUGUGAGCCCGAAGAUGGGCAACGGGGCCACCAGACACCGAGGAACCCCAACCAGCGAGCAUCCGCCGCGGGCACCGCACUUAAGGCGACCGCACGAGCAGACAGGGCCGACAGGGCCGACAGGGCCGACGGUGAGCCCCAAAGAGCGUUCACCAUACACGCAUGUUGCACAUGGUGGAGAGGGUUUUGACCGGCGUGGGCACAAGCUGGCAAUGGCUCAUCAGAGAGUUCUCAAUCGCCCUGGCCAACAGCGAAAGAACAUGCGCAGCCCGGUGAUGCCUGGUGCCUCAUCCAGCUCAACGACCCGUAAAGAGCUUCCGGGUUUCAGCAAUUGA